CCGUGUCCGCUGGCUGCUGCUCAACCUGUUUGUUGAUCGAGAGGCUUUAUUAACAACCGGACUUUAUCUAAAGCCGGGUUCAUUUAUCGGGGGAUUAUAAGCGUCUCUCUCCCGGAGGAGGUGUCUCUCUGCCCGGCAGCAGAAUCUCCCCCUCAGGGAGGAUGAAUUAGACCCUUUAUUUCGCGACAGGAAACUGAACAAGAGGCUUAUUUUUCUCUCCAGAUGUAGCACGUUAGCUAGCAUGUUAGCUUGUACAAACAGCCUGAAAUUAUGACGUGUUAGUGACAGACAGGAGGUCAAGCAGCUCUGGUUCUGGUUUAGAAACGUGUCAGGUUUAUCACCCCGGUUGUCAAGCCUCAUCGACGGAGUCAAUGGCAGGAAACCCUCGCAGAGGAGCCGGGCUCAUCGGGCUGAUGAAGGACGCCUUUCAGCCGCAGCAGCCUCUGCAGCAGCCCGCAGUGGUGGAGAAGAAGAUGGUGGAGAAGUGCUGGAAACUCAUGGAUAAGGUGGUGCGUUUGUGCCAGAACCCGAAGGUGGCGCUGAAGAACAGCCCCCCCUACAUCCUGGACCUCCUGCCCGACACCUACCAGCACCUCCGCACCGUGCUGUCCCGCUACGAGGGCAAGAUGGAGGUCCUCGGGGAGAACGAGUACUUCAGGGUGGUGAUGGAGAACCUGACCAACAAGACCAAGCAGACCAUGAGCCUGUUCAAGGAGGCCAAGGAGAGGAUGUAUGAGGAGAACUCGCAGCCCAGGAGGAACCUCACCAAGCUGUCUCUGAUCUUCAGCCACAUGCUGGCCGAGCUCAAAGCCAUCUUUCCCAACGGAUUAUUCCAGGGAGACAACUUCCGGAUCACCAAAGCCGACGCUGCAGAGUUCUGGAGGAGAUCUUUCGGAGACAAGACCAUCGUGCCCUGGAGGACGUUUCGUCAGGCUCUCCACGAGUUCCACCCCAUCAGCUCGGGGUUGGAGGCGAUGGCUCUGAAGUCCACCAUCGACCUGACCUGCAACGACUACAUCUCCGUGUUCGAGUUCGACAUCUUCACGCGGCUCUUCCAGCCAUGGUCGUCUCUUUUGAGGAACUGGAACAGUCUGGCAGUCACUCACCCCGGGUACAUGGCCUUCCUGACGUACGACGAGGUGAAGGCUCGUCUGCACAGAUUCAUCCACAAACCCGGCAGCUACAUCUUCAGGCUGAGCUGCACUCGGCUCGGUCAAUGGGCGAUCGGCUACGUGACGGCGGACGGGAACAUCCUGCAGACCAUCCCCCACAACAAACCCCUGUUCCAGGCCCUCAUCGACGGAUACAGAGAGGGAUUCUAUCUGUUCCCUGAUGGUCGAACUCAAAACCCGGACCUGACGGGGCUCUGUGAACCUUCUCCACAGGACCACAUCAAAGUUACUCAGGAGCAGUAUGAGCUUUACUGUGAAAUGGGCUCCACGUUCCAGCUCUGUAAGAUCUGCGCGGAAAACGACAAGGACGUGAAGAUCGAGCCGUGCAGACACCUGAUGUGCACCUCCUGUCUCACCGCCUGGCAGGAGUCGGAGGGUCAGGGCUGCCCUUUCUGCCGCUGUGAGAUCAAAGGCACGGAGCCCAUCGUGGUCGACCCCUUCCACCCGAAGGCCGGCGGGGUGUCCUUCGCCGGUUUCCAGGCGUCCAGCAGAGCAGAGGCAGCCGGAGCCAACGAGGAGGAGGAGGACGACCGCCUGGACGAACAACUCCUCAUGAGCAGGCUGGCCUGCAGCAAGGUGGAGCGCCCCCCCUCUCCAGUGUCUCAGCUGCCUCCGGUGCCCCCCCGACUCGACCUUUUGCAGCAGAGACCCUGCAGCUCUCAGGGAGCAACAGCCAAGAUCUCAGCGACGCACAGAGAUAAGCCCCUCCCCCUGCCUCCCGCCCUGAGAGAGCUGCCCCCCCCUCCCCCUCCAGAGCGUCCCUCCCCCUCUCUGAUUGGUCAGGACUGCCGGCUGCAGAGGAGACCCCUCCCUUGCACCCCCGCCCAGCCAGCCUGGGCCUCCAACUACAUGGUGCCCCGCCCGGCAACCAAGGUCCUCCCCCCCUCCGUCUCCCCCUUACCCCCCGCGUCACAGAGCAAUGGAGACAGCAUCAAACCUCAGGUCGCCACCAACGCCAUCUACUGCCUCGCCACCAGGACUCUGCCUGCGAUGGCGAGUGUGGAGAGGCCUCCGUCUGACGGGGAGGAGAACGAGUACAUGAGCCCCACCUCGCUGCCCGUCUCCGGGGCCGCCUGGGUCCUCACCGGCUCCCUGGUGCCCCCCCCACCGGCCCCCGCCAACAACCACAACGAUGUCAGUGAGGCGGCUGACAGCGACUCUGAGGAUCCUCAGGUCUACGAGUCCAUGUUUAACAUCCAGUCUGCUUCCUCUGAGGCAGAGCUGGAGCCCCCUCCACAUCAGGCUGUGGUUCCCCAGGAGAAGAAGGAGGAGUCGGCAGAGGAGGAAAUCUACGAGUACGACUGUCCGAGACCCAUCAUCCCCCCCGCCCCCACCAGGAGGACGCUGUCGGACAUCGGGGGUCCGACCGCCGCCUUCAGCACGCUCAGCAUCGACAGCAUCGAAGUCGGUAUGUUUGCAGCUGGUGGGGAGCCUGAACGCCCCCCCAAACCUCUCCCCCGGCGAACUAACUCCGACCGACGGCCUCGACCAGCAAACCGUGAAUUCCCCGCGCCGUUACCAGAACUCCCUUCCACCUCUUCCUCCUCCCCCACCUCCUCCCCUACUCCCCCUCUUCCUCCUCCCCCUCACUCGGGAAACCAGUCCCUGAACGGGGAGAUCGAGUGCCUGGUGUCGCAGGGAUACUCCUUACAGGACAUCCAUAAAGCGCUGAUGAUUGCUCAGAACAACCUGGAGACGGCCAAGAACAUCCUGCGGGAGUUUGUGUCCAUCCCCUCCUCAGCUCACAUCGCCACAUAGUCACUCCUCUUCCUCUUCCUCUUCCUCACCCGCUGUGUCUCCACUCUGUGCCAUUAUCACGGGAAGCAUUUACCGAGCACCUUUCCUGAAGGGCAACUCGCCAAGAAAAGGUGGAGCAGAAACGCUGCGUUCAAGACCUAUCAGAGGAAGAAUCACAGGAGAGAAAUCAUCCGGAUAAAACCUCUGAGUUUUAUUGUGAAAAUAUAUUAUUUGGUUGUACCGAUAGCAAGUGUUUGACUUUGAAGCUUCAUCGUUAACUCGAAAUCGCGACUUGAAAAUGUAGGGUUUCCUUUGGACGACCAUUUGUAGGUUGGCAAACAGACAGAGAAACCUACGGUGGCCCAGAAGGUCGAAACACCACAACAUUUUACAUAAAAUCCGAUAUUUGACUAAAAUGCAAAAAAAAAUCCCAAACACCAAAAGAAUGUCUUGUAUUGAUCUUCAGGGCCACCGUACAGUCAGAUAUGACCUGAACGCAGCACACCUGAGGCCUUCACCCGUUAAAGAAAACCCCACAAAAAUUAACAAAACACAAAACUAUUUGACCAAUCACUUUUCAGAAAACACCACACACAUUUGAACUGUGUUGUGUUUUGACCUCCGGGGCCACCGUACGCUCGAUAUAUGACCUUGAACGCAGCACACCUGAAGCCUUGACCGUUCUGUAGCCGAGUUUCGACCCCCGUUGUGCGCGGCCGUGUUUCCUGUCGAGGGAUCGUCGUUUCUGAAUCCCACUGCCGUUCAGUUUGGUGCUUUUUUAAACGGGCUUCUUAGCUAAAUGUGUGGCGUACGAAUAAUGUAGCGACGGCGAGAAAACGACGAGUAAACGAGUGGUGUGUGUACGCUGAUGAAUGUGCAGUAUCGCAGGGCUUUGUGUCGUACGUCUCUCGAUGGUAUCUGACUCCAUAUUUCCUCUCGAUGACGGAUCUCUAAUGAAAUAACAGAUGUCUAAGUAACUUGUGCUGUGUGUAGUACUAACAAUGGCUGGAAGUUUAUUUCCUCAUUUAACUUGUCAUUUUAAAGCUUCUGGUUUCUACUAAUAAGCAGAAAGGACUUUAACACGUGCUGCUGGAUUUCCUCUCGCGUGUUAAUUUGAUUUUGUUUAGCUCCGCGUCACAUCUGUACCCAGAGCAGCUGAGGAAUCAGGUCGAAGGGAUUCACAUCACAGCAUAAAAACAGAAGCGCUUCAUGUGGACUCAGGUACUGCGUCACACGCCAGGGUUGAAUGUAAAGAGACGAGCAUAUGCUAAAGGACAAGUGAUGGAUAAUGAAGGGGCACUAGUGACACAAACAUUCCUCAGAUUGGGUUUCCCUGCUCCUUGUUCCCUUACUGAUACAAAGGAAAUCCCACAGUUCUUGAGACGCCUCGUGUUGGCUGUUAGCGUUGCUAUUAAGCCAUCAGCAGUUAACGGCUAAUACACCAAAAUAAAUAUAAAAAACAAUAUUAUAUCCAAAAUAACUGCAUUUAACUCUCCUUUUUUACAGUUUACAUUCUUUUUUAAAGGAAUUUAGACAGGUUCCUCCUCCAAUAUCUUUAUUCAAGGUGUUAGCAGCUAGCAGCUAAGCUAAGAAACAAAACAUUACAUUUAAUGUACAUAAUUCGACUACUCAUUGUUGUUGUUGGUAGAGAGCAGGACCCCUCCCCCCCCCCCCAUUUAUUCAAUAUUUCUGAAAAAUCUUUUUAAAACCACUUUAUUGAUUCAAUUUGGUUAGCUGUUAGCUGUUAGCUACAUACUUUAGCCUCCUGCAGCAGCUAACGGCUAACAGUACAAUUCUAAAAAACAAAGCUUUAAAUGUAAUGUACUUCAUUAUACACUCCUUUAUUACAGUUUAUCAGGUCCCCUCUUUGAUAUCUAUUUAUUUACCUUUGAAACCUUAAAAAACAACUUUAUAAAUGUGAGGUUGUUCACGCUGUUAGCAGCUAGCCGCUAAUGGCGAUUGUUAACUAUAGCUCUCCUCCGGCCGAUGUUGAGAGUUUGUUAAAUAUCAUACAAGUAAAAAUUUUGCAUUGAAAAUCUAACUUUAAGUAAAGGUUAGUAUACUCAAAAUGUAGGUAAAGUAUUAAAGUACCCAAUAAUGAAAAAUCGUAAAAUGCAUUAAAAAAAUAAAAAAACGUAAAAUUAAUUUAAAUAAAAAAUGUUAAUAAAUACAUUUUGAAAGAUGCCAUUUAACUUUCCUCUUCAUAAAGCUGUUUAUAAACUCUUGGCCAGUUUAAUGUUAUGGUAGAGAAGUGGCAGCAAAGAAAAUAAAGUACAAGUCAAAUUUCUGCUUAAAAACAAACUGAACAUUUUGUGUAUUUCUCAGGUUUUCAUUUUUUUCAGUGGACCAAUAACGAGCAUCUCAUUUCCAAUGUUGCGUAUAAAGACAGGGAGUGUCCCGUACAUUUUUCGAGUGCAAUUUCCUCCCGUUUUCCUUCCCCAAAUUCCCCUUAAAAAUCGUCACUUUGGAUUUCUGCAGUAACGUGUAAAUGUGCCUUCUGUCGACAAACCAAAACACGACACAUUUACUGCUUAAAUGAAAUAUACACCCUCUCUGUUUGUCCUUUCUUACUGUACUCCUGCAGAUAUACACUUUUAACGAGCUGGAGUUUGGAGUUUGCGGGCGAAGCAUCAAAAGAAAUAUAUAAAAGAGCCAAAUUUAAAACUAGAUUCCUUUUUAAAAAGUCAACAUUAAAUUUGCCUUUGCUCAAGGGCACCUCGGCAGUGACCAGGAGGCAAACUGGAACCUCUCCAGCUACCAGUCGACACUGGUCUGAUCAGGACGUGAACUGGCGACCCUGCGGUUCACAGGCUGAGUCCCUACAUAGCUAUGGGCAUUGUGACGUUGUAAAAUAAGCAUGUUGGCGCCCCCUAGUGGACAGAUUGAUGCGACACGAUUACAAACUAGUAUAAAGAAAAGAUACUUGUCUGAUUGUCUUGUACUUAUGAGGUACUAUUAACACAUUUUAAUAUACACUGUCAUAUACAUUUUUCAUAUAGUGAAUGGUAUUUGCAACUGUACUGCAGACGUAAACGUUAUGAUGUUAAAAAUGCAUUUAACCAAUAAAUCAAAACGGAUUUCUUCAUUGAUUUGAUUUGAUAAUACGUUAUCAUCUUUAAUAAUCAAUAACAUGGGUAUGCCGUAUCGCCGUCACUUAGUUUGGAUAUUUGAAAGGCUGCACAUUUUAAUUUGAUAUAUAAAUAGAACAUUUGAAUCCCAAUCCAUUCAGGGCCGUCUCCUUGCUCUUGAAGUACUGUAUGCCACACCAACACACACACACACACUCCCUCCCCCACUGAUAUCUCAGCUGGUCUCUAAUGAUGUAUUUGUGAUAUAUUAACAAUGGUCACUCGCCUUCUCAACUUGCCUACUAAAAGUCGUCUUCAUGCUUUGUUGUUGUAAAUAUGAUUUUAUUUAUUGUCUUUUUAAUAUCCUCAGCAUUCGUUGUGUUGCCAUGUUUUCAUGCCUAAGCCAUUAAGAUUUUUAAUUAAACAAUAUUUUCUUUA